AUGGCCUCAGGCUCAGUUUGGACAACAAAGCAGAACAAGAAGUUUGAGAAUGCUUUGGCCAUCUACGACAAGGACACCCCAGAUCGGUGGCAGAAAUUGGCCAGGGCAGUGGGAGGAAAAACAGUGGAGGAAGUGAAAAGGCACUAUGAGAUGCUCGUUGAUGAUUUGAGGAAGAUUGAAGAAGGUCACGUGCCCUUGCCCAAUUACAGACAAGUUGCUGCAGCAGAAGGAGGCAGCAUCAGAGGUUACAGUUACACGAACGAAGAACAAAGGAUGAAGGUUCUAAGCCUCCAGUGA